AUGGCUACCCUCGACACCCACACCAAUGGGAUUUCCAUGCCCAAGGACUUCGUCGGAAUGGACAGCAUCCUCGAUGAGGACCUGUCCACUUUGCCGGAUGUCACGUCUCACAUCUUCGAGAUGUCCCGCACCAGACGUCUGCCUCGUCCCAACGGCGUUCUCUCUCGCGAUGCCAGCCCUACCGGCUCCACGCGCUCGUUCGCCAAUGGCCACAGCCAUAGCUCCCGUCGCAUCCUGAGCCGCACCCGGACUUCAUCAUGGGGCAGCUACCAGAAGCAGUACAGCUCCGAAGUGGCCAAGGAGCUGACCGCUCAAGCCGAGGGCGAGUUCUUUGCCCUCACCGAGCUGAUGGCCAACAUGUCUCGCCGCAGCGCCUCCCUGAGGGAAGUCUGGAGCAAGAUCAUCGCUGAGCGAGAGUCGUGCUAUGCCGAGAUGGACAGGAUGCACCAGCGCAUUGAGGAGUUCGCCGAGAUCAUCGAGAUCAAGGAGAGGGAGCACUCUCACAACCACCAUGAGCAUGAAGAGCGCCAGAAGCAGAUUCUCAAGUUCAACAUUGACCUCAAGGCCGCUGUUAACAGCACUGCCGAGUUCAAGACGAAGCUUGCUGAACGCGACACCGAGUGCCGCCAUCUCCUUCACGAGAUCACGCAAGUGAAGGACACUCUCAGCCACGUCAGGCGCGAGCAUGAGGAGACGAAGAAGACUGUCGAGACCACGAGACACACUCUGAUCUCGACCGAGAGUUCUCGUGCUGAGCUCGAAGACAGGUGUGGCAAGCUUCGCGGCGACCGUGAUGCUCUCGACCUGAAGUACACCGAGCUGCUCUCUCGUUAUGAGGAGCUGACGACCAAGCACGACACCCACCAUAAGGAGCUCGCUCACUCCAAGCAGCUCAACUCGGUUCUGAAGAAGGAGAAACACGACUGGCUCCACCGCGAGAGCGAAUUGGGAGAGAGGCUGCGCAAGCAUGAGCACAGGCACGAAGAGAUCAGACGCAAGAACAAGGAACUCGAGGAUCGCCUCGAGAAGAAGCAGCUCGAGAUCAAGGAGUUCCAAGAGGUAAUCACCAGGGCCGAGCAGUGCGUCACCAAGGUUCGACACGAGAAGACCGAGCUCGAACAGCACAUUGAGAAGCUCAAGCGCGACAUCAUCAAGGAACACAGCUGCUGGGAGGAGGCCGAGGAUCGCAGCAGCAAGUGGAAGCUCAAGUGGGAGCACUCUGAGCGUGAGAUCGUGUCUCUGCGCGAGGACGUCUCUCGCGUCGAGAUCACUCAGACCGAGCUGCGUGAGACCAUUACCAAGAAGAUCGAGGAGAUCCGCGUUCUUCAACUUGAGAAGAAGCGUGUCGAGGAGGAGAGCGGUCGCCACUCCGGCCGCGCCGAUGAUAUCCACCGCCAGCUGGUCAUUAUCCAGGAGACUCUCAGCCACACUGAGUCUACGCUCUCCAAGACUCAAGAAGAGAUCCACUCCAAGACCGAGCGCAUCGAGCGUCUGCAGCUUGAUUUCAAUACCGCCAAGACCAAGAUCAAGGACUACGAGAUGGAGAUCAAGAGCCACAAGUCCCUCGCCGCUACUCUCCAGGUCGAGGUUGAGAGUCUCACGACCGAGUGCGGCUCGCUUAAGCAGAAGUGCCGCGACUGGGAGGGCAGAUACGAGGACGUCUGCGAGAGCGUCACUGAGUACGAGGAUGGCGGCUCCGGCUACGAGUUCGAGAUCAGCAGCAUGCGUACCAUGCUUCGUGAGUCGAGAGAGCAGAAGGAGAAGGCGAUCAGCGCUCGCAACAACGCCGACCGCGAGCGUGAUGAGGCUAUCGCCAGAUACGAGGAGAAGUGCCGCGAGAUGGAGAGGCUCGAGGAGAGGAUGAGAACGCAGUUGCACGAGCAAGAGAGACGCCGUUCCAGCAGCGGCCGGACCGUUGUCAGACACUUCUCCAAGAGUGGUAACGGCAUGACCAGCAGCAGUGAGGCUGGCAAUGGCCACAGUCAUGGUCACAGCCAUAGCCAUACCCACGGCCACAACCACUCCCACGGUCACACCCACAGUCACGGCCACAUCCACGACCACGAGAGUGUUUAG